GAGUUGUGUACAUAGAGCUUUGCCCCUCAUGCUCCCCGCUCUGCUGGCCAAUGGCAGUGCCAACAGCAACCUCUACGUCUCCGGGCUGCCCCCAAGCACCAGCGAAGAGAUGUGUCGCCAGCUGUUCAGGGAGUUUGGUGAAGUGGCCUCAGUGCGGACCUUCUAUGGAAAGACGCCCACGGCGCCCAGCUACGGCUUUGUGAAGUUCAAGACGGACGCAAUGGCAUUGGCAGCGAUCACCGGCAUGAAUGGACGGGAGUUCAAUGGUCACGUGAUGUCUGUCCGCCUUGCCAACAAUGACACCACAGGGCCCUAUCCCAGGACCCCACCUCCUCAGCCGAUGCAAACCUCAGGCGGUACCAACUUGUAUGUCAGUGGCUUGCCCCCGGAUUUGGAUGAGGCUAGAAUGAAAGAGCUCUUUCAGAAGCAUGGGAAUGUGGUCUCUGUGAAGCUGGCGCGGGAGGCCAGAAUCUACAAACAAUAUGGCUUCGUUCACUAUACGGUUCCAGAGGAAGCCGAAGCUGCCAUCAAUGCCAUGCACAACAGGAUCAUUGACAGAGAUUACCAGCUCACAGUGAAGUAUGCCAACAGCUCCGAGAAGAAUUGGAGGGAUUCAAUACCGGGCAUGCCGGGCAUGCUGGGCAUGCCGGGCAUGCCAGGAAUGGCGGCCGCGCCUCCACCGGUAGCAUCGACCGGCGCCUGGUCAGGAACGUCACCAGCUGCGGGCUUGCCAGGAGAAGGCCGUGAGGACAAGGUGGCAACUGUGCACAUCACGGGGCUGCCUCCAGGCACUUCCGCAGAUCAGCUGCAGUCGUUCUUCGGCGCCUAUGGCCAGGUCAAUGCCAAGGUCCUGGACGACGGCAGCCAGGGCUCGCCGGCCACGGCUUUGCUUCGGCUGCCGCCAGCAGAUGCUGAGCGGCUGGUCACCGACUUUGACGGUCAUGUGCUCCAAGGCCUGGAGCGCCCGCUGUCCGUGCGCGUGACCGACUCUCGGGAGUCCUGGGGCCCGGAGAGGGAAGAGAAGUCCUCGGCGCGAUGGGAGCCGUACAAGGCGAGCGAAGGGCCGCCGCCUCCUAAGGCCACAGGACCUCCUGGGCCCAGCAUUGCAAGCUCGGAGUUCAUGGUAGCGAUUAGCGAGACGGUGUCUCGGGUAAAGGGCUUCAGGCCCGUGCUACCGCAUACGAUGGACCCGACCAAUUUGUACAUCAAGGGACUUCCGUCCAAUGCUGACGAGCUUUACCUAUAUUCCAUUUUCUCGCCCUUCGGUGCUAUACAGAGUGUGCGGUUGCUGAGAGACUCCAUCACCGGCCUUUGCACGGGAGCGGCGCUGCUGAAGUUUGGGCAGACGGAAGACGCAGAGCUGGCUAUCCGAACGCUCUCGGGCAACAAGUUGCCAGACGGAGUUGUGUUGGAUGUGACCGUGAAGACUGUGAGGGCAUAGCACGUCGAAUAGGCUUGGCAAGUUG